GGAGCUCUCUCGUUUUACAGUUGCUUGAACUUUCACCAGCGUCUGCUCUCGCGAACUUCCGCCCGCAGUGAGGCCGUACAGGUGUAGUCCCGUGAUCUCACUUCCGCCCUCUCACCUGGCGGCUCCUUUCUCUGGUUUCUCGCAUUCGCCUGGAGCUUGCAGCCUGUUAGGUCUGUGAUGUCCGGCAACCGCCAGAUCCGUGUGUUCCCUUCGCCUGCAGAGCUUGCACUCUCUCUGUCCCAGCUGCUUGUUAACGAGUCGCAGGGCUCAAAUGGCUUCACGCUGGGUCUGUCGGGCGGCAGCCUGGUGCAGCUACUGAGCCGGGAACUGCCAAAGACCUCGGGGCUCCACACCGAGGGCUGGAAAGUGGCGUUGUGUGACGAGAGGCUUCUACCGUUUACAGAUCCCGAGAGUACUUAUGGCGAGUACCAGCGUCACCUCAUCUCACUUGGCAUCCUUUCAGAGUCCCAGUUUGUUACGAUCGAUCCCUCGCUGUCGGUGGAAGAUGCUGCUGCCGACUAUACUCGUAAAUUACGGGAGCUCUUCCCUGGGAAAGACCUGCCUGCUUUUGACUUCCUGAUUUUGGGAAUUGGUCCAGAUGGACACACUGCUUCCCUGUUUCCAGGUCAUCCUCUGCUAGAGGUGAAGGAUCAGAUUGUGGCUCCAAUCAGUGACUCCCCAAAGCCUCCACCUGAAAGGGUCACUCUUACUCUUCCGGUCAUAAAUGCAGCAAAAACAGUGGUAUUUGUGGCUACUGGAGAGGGCAAAGCAGCUGUCUUGAAACGUAUCCUGCAGGAAGAGGAGAACGACCCCCUGCCUGCUGCCCGUGUCUCCCCUGCGCAUGGAAAAGUGCUCUGGUUCCUUGAUGAACCCGCUGCUCGUGAAUUGACGUGUCCUGUGGAGAAGCACUCUGUCCUGUAAAGCCUCACCAAAAAUAAUAGCACUUGGAGUGGGCUGAGAACCUGGAGGUUUUCUUCCCACCUCACUACUAGUGGUACCAGGGCCAAGGGCAGAACCAUAGAGUUGGACAGAACAAGGGCCAUGGGCAAGAUUUAAGCCAAGGACAACCAGCCACGAGUAGAAACCAGAAAAAUGCCAAAACGAAGUCAUAAGCAGUAAUUGUUAGAGAGACGUUGUGGAGAACGGAUUGCCACCAUUGGUCAGUUCUGGGUCAAGUGAUUUUACUUAGCGGACUCUUAAAGUGUAAGUGAUAUGAGUGACAUCUUGGGAUGCAGAACUUUGGCAUCAAAGCAUUGGUUGGCACAAGACCAGAAGCAGAGAAAGCACCAAAGCAUAGCGAUUUCAAGACCCAGAGCAAAGGAUGAACUGAGGCUGGAAUACCAAAGUCAAGAUAAGAACCCCAACCGCGUGCCACAUGAACCGCCACCACACCUGUUCCAGAAAUAAGACUGUACGUUAAGCGAUUGAAGUCACAAUGCCAAGCGUUGGCAGAACCUAAAACGUUCUGAUGUGCCCUGCUUCCACACCUUACCUGACCCCGUUCAUGAUUCUGCCAGCUGACCCUUGAUAGAUUUGCCCCUGCUCAUAUCUGCCUCCCCUCUAGGAUCUGCCCCAUGGUGUCAGUGGCACCACAGAGGUCAUUUGCUUCCAAACAGUUUGCACUUAGAAACUGUAUCACGUGACUGCACAGACCGUAAUAAAUGAGUGAUUCGUUUAAA